AUCUGGCGCUGCUGUUCGGUGCCGCCACGUCCUGGUGCCCCCCACAUAACCUGGCGUGGCGGAGGAGUGCCGGUGACGUCCUGCGUGCCGUGUCGCGCCACGGCCUCACCAACAACGUAAUCCGAUAUCUCCAUGAGAAGCAGUGCGUGGCACGCUGCGUGCACACGGCGCUCAAGACGCCCGACCUGUCGGCGGCCGAGGCGGGCGAGAUGCUUGUGUGGCUCGUGUGCUUCCUGCGCGACUCCAGCGAGGCCUCGCCCAUCCUCAUGGACGACUUUGCCGACUGCCACGGAUACCAGGGCCUCACCGACUUCCUCCUCAGGCUGGAGGACUGCGAGGGGGAGGAAUGCAGCGACACGCUGCGCGACCUCAUCAUGCUCGUGGCGUCGCUCACCACGUGCGGGGCUACCGAACUUCGCGCGACGACCGGAGGCAGCGCCAGGGCCUUCGUCCUGCCCGGCUUCAUCCUGCCCCAGCCAUCUGGGAGGGGCCUCAGCGUGCGCAACGUGCAGGCCUUCUCCGUGCUGCAGUCGGCCUUCGUGCGCUCUCACGGCGAGCAGCUGGCGCGCGCCACCCUGGACGCCAUGGCCAGUGUCUACAUGUCCGACCGCGCCAACUACUUCAUACUGGCGUCGCAGGGCCCCGGGGGCGGCAACAAUGGCGGCAACAAUGGCGGCAACAAUGGCGGCAACGGCGGCGGCAACAAUGGCGGCAUCAACGGCGCCAUGGGGGGCAAAGGUCACGAGGCCUCUGCCGCCCUGCAUGGGAAACCGGCGUCGGCGCAGACGCGCUACUUCGAGAUCCUCGACUACGUCGUGUUCCAGCUGCGGCACGCGCCGCGCGCCGAGCUGGCCGGCGUGGCCGCGUCGCUGCGCGCCAACGCCGGGGGACCCUCGCCGGGACCGCUCGGAGCGGCGGCGGCGGCCGCGUUGCUGCGGUUCGCGCGCCACGCCCCGCCCAUCUUCCGCGAGGUCUACCGAGAGGCGGGCCUGCUGGAGGCACUCGUCGGGGGCCUGCACCACUACGCCGCCUUCCUCAAGAAUGCGGAGGAGCGCGAGGCAGCCGGAGGAGACCGCAUUGUAGAUGGAUCAGUCAAAGAGUGGAGUGAGUACGCCUGCUUGGUGCUCGAAACCCUGACCAUCAUCUUACAAGGAUCCAACACCAACUCAGACGUGUUCCGGGAGUGCGGCGGGGCGCGCAGCGUGCAUGCGGUGCUGCGGCACCCCGCGGCGCGCACCCGGGCCCUCGCCCUGGAGCAGCAGCUGCUGCUGUCGGCGCGCGGCGAGGAGGAGAUGAUUUCCAUGCUCAGCCUGGCCAACUCGCUCGCCACCGCCUCGCAGCUGCGCCUCCGUGCCGACAUCCUCGCCGCGCUCCUGGGCGUCCUGCGCGAGAGCCACCGGUCUCGCCGCGCCUUCCGCCGCGUCGGGGGCUUCGUCUACCUCCUCUCCAUGCUCGUGUCCAUGGAGUCGUCCCUGUCGGCGGGCCAGUGCGGCAGGGAAACCCCGGAGCGGACCGCCGAGGUGGUGGAGCUGACCCGCACGACGCUGCACGCGCUCACCGCGGCGAUGCGCUGCGAGCCGGCCAACGCGCACUACUUCCUCACCGAGAUCGGCUACGAGAAGUUGGCCGACGCCUUGCGCUUCCUCGGCUGCUUCGCCCAGACCCGCGACUUGAACCCUGCGCCAGUGCCCGCGUGCACCCCGGAGCAGGUCUCCUUCUUUGCCGAGCUGAUGGAGGCCGACUCGGAAGACGGCGUCGUCGGGGACUCGUGCCCUCCGACCCUCGUGCACUGCGGCCGCGUCUUCAGCCACCUCUACAAGAUGGCCACCGAUUCGUUCGACCGCAUGUCUGUUCUGGAAGCAUGGGCUGACGGGGAGGGCACUGUUCUUCCUUCUCCCUGGGCCUCCCCUUCCCCUCCCAGAACCAGGCGGGCACUCUACGGGAUGCCCUGUAGGCCAAUGUCCAACGAUUGGCAGGCCACAGGCUUCUUUCAGGCGAGCCCUGACCCUGCCUUUCUGGUGCACCCUGGCGCCGUCCUGGCUGCAGUUGACCUCCUCCCCUCCGUUGUCUCGGCAACUGACCCACAGCGCGCCGUGGCGCUGCAGUGCGCGGUCGUCGACCGCCUGGGCCUGCUGCUGCAGUCGGAGCGCAGCCAGCAGGUGCUGAGCGAGGCCGGGCUGGCGCGGCGCCUGCUGCUGCGCUGCUGCGGAGCACUGGCGAGCGAGGCGCACCCCCUGCACGACGGGCUGCAGAGGGCCUUCGAGCGCCUCGCCUGUCACGGCCUCGAGCCGCCCGUGCUACGGGCGUUCCUGCGUCUGGGGAACCCCCUGAACUGUGCUGCGUGGGACGAGCGAGACCUCCUGACGCACCGUGUGCACAGGGGCCUGGACGUGUGCCACGACCCCACCUCGCUGGAUCCGUCCGUGCCGGGCCGGCCACCGGAAAAUUGCCGCAUUAGCCGGAGCCUCCUGCGUCCAGCCGAGGGCGCCGCCCUCCCCCUCACCCGCAUCAAGUGCCUGGUCGCCAUGACGACGCCCUUGCACACCCGCCACAACAUGGCCGCCGUGCCGCCCCCUUUCUUGGAGUUCGACAUGAGCGUGGAGGGCUUUGGCUGUCUCUUCCUGCCCAGCCUGGCCCCCCAGAAUGCUCCUGGGGGCUCCAGUGUAGCAAUCUCACCCACGGACGACUCCGUCACGAGUGGAAUGGGCUCAGGCGAGCGAGUCUUCCCUCCGCCGUCCGGCCUCUCCUACUCGGUGUGGCUCUGCGUGGAGCGGCUCGACUCUCCGAGCCAGGCGCACCCGGUGCGGCUGCUGACCCUGGUGCGGCGUUCCACCGGCUCGGACCGCCACCUGGCCUGCCUGGCGCUCUCCCUGCUCCCGCGCGACAAGGCCGUGCUGCUCUGCACGCGCGAGCAGCUCCUGCAGGAGAUGGACGACAGCUCCCAGGAUGGCUGCGUGCGGUUCGUGACACCGGAGCUGGCCCAGGAGGGCCAGUGGCACCACCUGGUACUGGUGCUGAACCGAGGGGUCCUCAAACCAAGCUCUGCCAGCCUCUACGUGGACGGACAGCUUGCUGGCAACACCAAGCUCUCCUACAUCCAGGCGACGCCGGGAGGCCUGGGUAGCGCGGGCGGCCCCGGGGCGCCACCGCUCGUCUACGGCUACGUGGGCACGCCGCCCGGACGGCGGAGGAGCUCGCCGCUCGCGUGGCGCGUGGGGCCCGUGCACCUGAUGGAGGAGCCGCUGGGCCACGCCGCGGUGGCCACCAUCUUCGGCCUUGGCGUCCACCACACGGGAUGCGUGCAGGCCGUGCUCCAGAGGGCAACGGAAGGCAAGUCGGAGCAAGCGGGCUCAGCGACCGUGUCGCUGGUGCCUGAGGAGCGGCUCUCGUUUGGCCUGUACCCGCUCUCCGCCUCGCUGCUCACCGUCGCCAAGAUCCGCAAGGCCUACAACAAGGCCGACAGCCGCGCUGUUGCAAAACAGAUCGGUCUCUCGUCCAACGAGAACGUGACGCCGGUGAUGCUGCUGCACAACGCGGCGGGGCACCUGGGCGGGCCCUCGCGCACCAUCGGCGCCGCCGUCAUCGGCAACCUGGGAGUGCGGCGAAGCGCCGCACGGCCCGUGGCGAGCUCCUUGCAGUGCGUGGGUGGGCCGGCCCUCCUGCUGGGCCUCCUGGCCAUGGCAGGGGACGUGGAGGCCCUCUACGCCGCCACCAAGGCCCUGGUGUGCGCCGUGCGUGCCAGCGAGCUGGCCCAGCGGGAGAUGGAGCGCAUCCGCGGGUACCAGCUGCUGGCGAUGCUGCUGAAACGCAAGCGGUCGCUGCUGAACACGCACAGCCUGCACCUGGCUCUGUCGCUGGCCGGCACGGUGGAGAGCGGGCGCGAGCGCGACAGCCUGAGCGGCCUCUGCCUGCCCGCGUUCCGCGACCUGGUCACCGACCUGCAGAUAUGGUUCCACUCGCCGUACGACCUGCACCUGUCGCUCCUCGACCACUUCGUUGACCUCCUCACAGAGUCCAGCGAUGUGGAAGAGCUGCGGCGCAUCAUGCUGGGGCUGCAGCUGGUGCCCAAGCUGCUGCACGUGCUCAAGGACCACACACUGCCCCUGUCCAAGGCCACUGUGAUGUCCAUCACGCGCCUGCUCAGUCUCCUCCUGCAAGGCUUCCCCAGCAGCCACGACAUGCUCUGGUAUGGACAGUUCCUCGCCUCCACGUUGCCGACGUUUUCCGUCUCCGAAAAGUUUGUAGAGCUCAGAGCGGACGAACCGCAGGACGACGACGCUCUGAUCGACAACGAAGGUAUGGAGGAGGAUGGUGCCGGCUUGGUGUCUGCUCGCAAUAUUUUUCUCCGCAACCAACUUCUCGAGGUCCUUCUCGACUUGCUCCACACCUCUGCCGAAAAGGAGUUCUUAAGCCAACCGGCCUGCGAGGAGAUGCUGCGAAUCCUGGGCUUCGACUGGCUGCUGCUGUUCGUGCAGGGCCACCUGCAUCCGGCAACGGUUACCGUGGCGAUGCGCAUCCUCGUGUCGUUGCUUAGCAACGGAGGCAUCCUGCGGCGAUUCCAGGAGGGCUCGCCAGGAGGAGGGUGGCUUGACCUGACGCAGGCGCUGGUCAGCGGGCAAACGCCCACCGUCCUGGGGUUCAACGUGGGCCGGGGGCCUGGCGGUGGCGUCAUCCCGCGCGAGAUCAACUCCGAGGCGUGCCUCCUCCCCGGGUUCUCCGUGCUGCUCUCGUGCCUGCCCAGCCACGCCAGCCUCCCGCAGCUCUACUUCUUCCUGCUCGCCCUCUUCCUCAACCGCCCCAUCACCUCCGUUCCCGAAAACGUGCAGCUGGACCUUGACUCGAUCUGGCGCUACAGCCUGGGGCUGCCGCCCAGCGUGUUCUCGGCGCCGCCAUCCGUGCCGGCGCCGUGCCUGGAGGCGGUGCUCACCCUCCUCGCCAUGCUGCGCUCCACCGUCAACCAGCCUUGGCAGGCCGAGGAGGAGGGCUCGUGGCUCAUCGAGUACCCCGUGACUCAGCUGCAGUUCCUGCAGUACCUCUACCACAACGUCGGCGGCCUGGCCAACGUGUGGACCCAUCCCGAGUUCCUGGGCUCCCUCGCUGCCACCAUCUUCCCCUACAACCUCCGCCCGCACUCUGAGAUGGUGGGCGACGCGGAGGACUCGGAGGGCCCCGAGGACGAGAGCGGCGUCUUCACGUCGGAGGCACCCAUGGGCCUCAACCGCAGCCGCUCGGAGCAGAUGGUGUCGGCGCGCAGCAGCUUCCUGUCGCAGCACCCGUCGCGCAAGCUCGUCGUCGACUUCCUGCGCACCAUCGCCGUCGACAGCCUCCUGCAGGGCAACGUGAGCAGGCAGUCGCCCCCGCUCCUCGACGUCCUGCUCGAGGCUUCGCCGGAGAGGGCCACCCAGAGCCAGCAGAGGGAGUAUCAGACGGAGCUGCUGCUGAGCAUCAUGGGACACCUACAGUCGGCCGACGCACUGAGACUCUUCUGGAGAACAGCAGACAAUGGUUCAGGCCGUGGCACCUACACUGCGGUGGCAAAUGGGAUCUUCUACUUUGCUCAGAGGGUGGUGGACAAGCUGUGGCAGGGCAUGUUCAGCAGGGAGCCACGACUCGUGUUUAACUUCAUCGCGGAACUGAUUUCACAGGCGAAGCAGCGGUCCCAGGGGCUGUCGCUGGACGGCCUCUACGGCUGCCUGAACCGCACCGUGCUCUACCAGCUGUCCCGCCCGCGCCGCUGGCCCGCCCAGCAGGGAGUCCUCCAGGAGAGCCUGGGCCAGCUGCUCGUUCACCGCAACCUGCUGCUCGGGCCCGGCAACUACCAGCCGGACUUCUUUGCCUGCCUGCUGCACUGCCUGCUGCAGAUUCGCAUGCAUAGAUUUGUAGACGGCUUCGGCCUGGAGGCUCGCUCGGCUUGGCACGUCCUGUCCACCUCUGACCCUGAUGACGAGGAAGCCAGCCAGGCGCGCGCCCAGCUCGUGAAGCUGGUGCGCCGGGUGUGGCAGGAGCUGAUCGGCAGCAAGCGGGCGGUGGUGGAGGUGCUGUGCCGCAGCCCGCUGCCCCCGGACACGCUGUCCGACCCGGGGCGAUCCGACCUGGCGUCGCUGCGCCACCUGCUGGAGGAGCCGUCUACCAGGGCCUGGCAGACGUACCUCGGCCACGAGAGGAAGCAGCUGAGCCGAGCGGAGCAGACGGUGUCUUCGCGCCUGCGCGUCGGCAGCAGCGGCGGGGGCUUCGCGCUCACGCGGCUCACGGGCAACAGGAAGCAGCGCAAGGAGAGCGCCGCCAACCGCUCCGCACCGUCCUUGCAGGAUGCGUCGGUGUGGAUGUUCACACACAUCGCGGUCGUGCGAGACCUUGUGGAAUACCGCUACAAGCAGCAGCAGGAGCGCGAGUGCAGCGUGGCGCGGCUGCUUGCCGCCGAGUGGGGGCGCCUGGAGGCCGAGGUGACGCGCGAGCGCGGCCCGUGGGGGCCACCCGUGGGCUCCCGCCUCGACAAGUGGAUGCUGGACCCCACCGAGGGGCCCUGCCGCAUGCGCCGCAAGCUCAUGCCCAACGAGCACUUCUACGCGCACUACGCGCACUACCCGUACCCGCCGAGCGGCUCCGACAGAGACGACACGCAGCUCAUGGAUGAGGCGGAGCAGAGUGGGCAGGAUGUGAUGAGAGAGAAGAGCGCUAAAGUGCGGCGAGUGAUCAGCUACGAUAGCAAGGAGUUCUACCUCCGCCUGGUGUCGCAGUCCAGCCUGGAGCCCGUGCUCGCCACGGAGACGGCCGAGAGCGAGGCCGCCCGCCUUGUGGAGAACGGCGGAGAGGACGGCAUGGUGGGGGUCAAAGGGCUCGUGAAGCCGUUGCAGAGGUCUCGCUCGGGCGUGGAGCCGGGCGCCGGGCUGCCGGGCGGCGACGAUGAAGACGGCCUCCCGGACCCGAUGGCCGACGGGGCCGGCAUCGGCGAUGGCGGCGAGAAGACGGAGAACCAGACGGUGCUGAGGCUGCUGGCGGAGGGCGAGACGAUCUCCCAGAUGUACCGGUGCGCGCGAGUUGAGGGCCUGGACACCAGCGAGGGGCUGCUGCUCUUUGGGAAGGAACACUUCUACGUCAUCGACGGGGUCACCAUGACGACCCGCCGGGAGAUCUGCGACAUCGACAUGCUGCCACCCGAGCUGCAGGACCCGGUGAUUCCCCGUGGGACCCGAUCGCCUCCGUCGCACCCGCAGCGCGCGUGCAGCAAGUUCAGCUACGAGGGCGUGCGCGAGGUGCACAAGCGGCGCUACCUCCUGCAGCCGAUGGCCGUGGAAGUAUUCUCAAACGACGGCAGGAACUACCUCCUGGUGUUCCCACGUGGGGUGAGAAACAAGGUGUACCAAAGGUUUUUGACGAUCGCACCGUCCCUCGCGGACAGCAGUGAGAGCGUCUCCGGACAGAACCCCAACGCAAGUGUGGAGGCUGGGUCGGGUCUGCUGAGCGGCCUGGUUGGAGAGCGAUCGGUGACGCAGCGCUGGGUGCACGGGGAGAUCAGCAACUUCCAGUACCUGAUGCACCUGAACACGCUGGCCGGACGCUCCUACAACGACCUCAUGCAGUACCCCGUCUUUCCCUGGAUCCUGGCCGACUACCAGUCUGAGGAGCUUGACCUGACGGACCCUCGCACGUUCCGAGAUAUGUCCAAACCCAUGGGAGCGCAGACGAUGGAGCGCCUGGAGCAGUUCCAGAAGCGCUACCAAGACUGGGAGGACCCAAACGGCGAGACCCCGGCCUACCACUACGGCACGCACUACUCGUCGGCCAUGAUCGUCGCCUCGUACCUCGUGCGGAUGGAACCGUUCACGCAAACGUUUCUCCGCCUGCAGGGCGGACAUUUUGAUCUGGCUGACCGCAUGUUCCACAGCGUCCGAGACGCCUGGCUGUCCGCCUCCAGGAACAACAUGGCCGACGUCAAGGAGCUCAUCCCAGAAUUCUUCUACCUCCCGGAUUUCCUGCAAAACUCCAACCACUAUAACCUCGGCUGCAAACAGAAUGGGAUUUGGCUGGGAGAGGUCCUCUUGCCAAACUGGGCCAAAGGAGAUGCUCGCGAGUUCAUCCGGGUUCAUCGAGAGGCCCUGGAGUGCGACUACGUGAGCGCUCACCUUCACGAGUGGAUCGAUCUGAUCUUCGGCUGCAAGCAGCAGGGCCCCAUGGCCGUGGCCAGCACCAACGUGUUCCACCACCUCUUCUACGAGGGCCAGGUGGACAUCUACAGCAUCACCGACCCUCUCAAGCUCACCGCCACCAUCGGAUUCAUCAACAACUUCGGCCAAAUCCCCAAGCAGCUCUUCAAGAAGCCUCACCCAGCGAAGAGGGUGGGCUCCAAGCCGUCUGGAGACACCAAUCCCGGAGCGUCCGCAGGCCCUGCCCAGGACUGUCUCUUCUUCCACCACCUCGACUGCCUCACCCCAUCGCCCGUGCCACUCAAGGAGCUGAAGGGCCCGGUGGGACAGAUUGUGUGCACGGAGCGAGGCGUCCUGGCGGUGGAAGAAAACAAAGUUCUGCUUCCUCCCGGCUUCCAGCGCACAUUUUCCUGGGGCUUUGCUGACCUCAGCUGUCGGCUCUGCAACUACGACACUGACAAGGCCCCCGUGGUGUUUGAGUGCAUGUGGGAGUGGGGGCCUCUGCUCUGUGCCGUGUGCCCCGACGCCAAGACGGUGGUGUGUGGGGGCACGGCGACGGUGCUGUGCGUCUGGGAGAUGCAGGGUGGCGGCAAGGACAGGAGGCCGACCGUUGGCCUCAAGCAGGUUCUCUACGGCCACACGGACGCCGUGACGUGCGUCGCCUUCUCGUCGGCGUACCACGUGUUGGUGAGCGGCUCGCGCGACCGCACCUGCAUUGUGUGGGACCUCAACAAGCUGUGCUUCGUCACGCAGCUGCGCGGCCACUCGGGACCCAUCGCCGCCGCCUGCGUCAACGAGCUCACCGGUGACAUCGUGUCGUGCUCGGGCACGAGCCUGUUCGUGUGGAGCGUGAACGGGGAGCCGCUCGCCAGCGCCAGCUCGGCGUCGGGUCCAGGCCAGCACGUGCUGUGCUGCGCCGUCUCCGAGGUGGACGAGUGGGACCGCCGCAACGUCAUCGUCACCGGGCACUCGGACGGCGCCAUCCGAAUGUGGCGCCUGGAGUUUCAGCAGGUGCCCGAGACGCCUGUCACACAGCACAUCGCUCACAACUCAGAGGGCAAGCUGCCUGUCGUGCCAGAAAUCAAUGCUGAGGGCGAGGACGAGGAGGAGGAAGAGAGCAGCGACUCGGAAUUGGACGAACCCCAUGCCAACCUCUGCACAGAUCAGAAUGACCCUAAGCGCAUGACCCCGAAUGGACCGACCAGGCCCCAGGUGUGUUCCGAAUCGGAUCCGCUGCCAAGGAUGGCAAACAAUCGUCUGAGCUCGGAUGACGGAGAUGGCUUCGUCAUCGUCAGCUACUCUGACUCCGAGUCGUCGGAACAGGCGAAGGAGCGGCUCUUGAGCCACGGCCAAAGCAACGGUGGCAGCGGCAGCCACCACCAUCACCACGACGCACAGGACACCUCCAGUCCCAGACAACUGAAGCCGGGCUGGCGCUGGGAGAGGAAGUUGGUGCUCUGUGGGAAGCUGAGUAUGCCUGGAGGCGCUGGAAACUUCAUAGGCGGCCGCGAAGGAGCCGAGAUCACGGCACUGUGUGUGUCCAGGGACCACAGUCGCAUCCUGGUGGGAGACUCGCGAGGCCGUGUUUACAGCUGCUCAACCAGGGAGCUGUCAGGCCAUGGCUAGGAUGGAAAAUGACGGAAGUUCCCCCUCCCCCCAGAGGGAACGUGGUGUGGUGGGAGAAAAGUUUAGCGGCUUCCGAUUGAUUUCUCCAAAUGGCACUUGAGGGUGAUCGACAUCGCAUCCUUCUCUUUCUUUUCAUCAUUCACACACAGCUUCCAUUUUUUUGGAUGUUGUUUUUGGGGAAAGCGUGGAAAAAGCCACCGCCAGAAUGUUCCUGAUGACGACCAAAAAUGUACGAAGUUGUGGACUGGUGCGUGGGGAUGCGAUGCGGGGAACGAAGAUGAACUUUGUAUCGUAAAUGAUCAGUUUUGCGGCCGCAAUCCAACUGUUAUGUCACCUACUUAGCCACCUUGUAGAUAUCACAGAAACUAUAACAGGUCUUUGUAAUUACACGUAAACAUGUUUUGCCAGUUUUUUGUAUACUAAAGACUAAUUUGAAAGAAAAACAUAAUAAUAUAACGAUGCACUUCUCCACUUUAUCACGUGCCCUGUUUCGCUGUGCUGUGUUUGAGCGAGUACGUUGGUUCACUGUGUUCCUAUGAUGGACUUGUCAUCGAAGCUACGCGCAGUCUUGCGGUUCACUGAUCAUUUACAUAUAUCCAUCACUUUGAAGGGAAAGACAGCGAUUCCUUUGCAUUCCAGUGCGCGGGAGUAAUCGCAACUAUCCGGUUGCAAAACAAGGGCACCUUUCAGAAGUUAACGUUGCUACUUUGAAAUGGCUUUAUCGAUGCUCAUUGUCGGUAUUGUAGAUAUCGCCACUGUUGUGUCAGAGUCCCGCGUUCUUGGCCGACCUUCCGUGGUUCCGCGAGUACCGUGCUUGUGAAGCUGCGCCCCCGAUCUCGUGCCAGAGCAACUUGCUUCUCACCGGCUUCCUCGUUGGCGAGCUGUCGUCUCUCUCCGUUUCACUCGAGCUCAAUGCCCAUCCCGUCUGUGCCAUGCACAGUGAAGCACAAGUAUCCGCAUACCGUAGGUGUGACGAUCUGAGGCCGGUUAACCUACGACAACAAGCUUUGCCGCACUGUGGUGAAUUCUCCGAAGGAGGCCGGUUGAUUGUGAGCAGGGGCAUCGUCACGGCUGUGCUUCGGACCAAUGCGAUGCUUGUGAUCUUAUUAAGCUGUGGCUAAGAAAAGUCACCACAUGUGCGAUCAUUUUAAGCCAGUGCUCUGUGAGCCUGUGUUAGCGGUUAUAUUUACCCUAAUACAGAUGUCAGCCAAUGCUGCUUUUGUUGCAGAUGGUCGCCUUGUGAACCAGUGAAGACUGCAAUUUCCAAAUUAGCGUUAUUACAAUUGCACACUGAACAAAAAAGUGUAUACAUUCUUGAACAAAAUGUAAACAAAGUUCUGUUCCUAAAAACGAAUUGUUUCGUGAAUGCGUGGGCUUUAUGAGACCACCGUUAUACCCGUGUAACAUGAAAUCAAUUCGUAAUAUGCUGUAUUUGGUCUACAAAAUUGAUGUGACUUUAAUUUGGCUACAUUCCUACUCUUAAGAAGGCACCGAGUAAAUGGACGCUUCGGUUUCAAAGUUGGUUUAGAAGUUUAUGGCCCUUUUCUUUCUUACUGAAAGGUUCAAGGUUGAUGUUUCACUUGCCACAGCUCCAUGGUUCAUAGAUUACGUGAUUUUACGCAGAUACAAAUCGCGUGAUGUGGGGGGGAGGGAGGAGCUGUUCAGAGAUGUGGAGCCCAAAGUAUUGGGCCACGUGGCGGUGAGGUAGAAGGAAGCAGCCACAUUCAAACUGGAUCAUUCAUAUGAAAUGGAUGGUCCAUAAAACAAUAUUUCCAUGAUUGAGAAAUACAUCCUUAUGUUGUGGUAUUAAUAUAAUCAUGUAUCAAACGGUUUUGUUAUUUUGGAGCAAUUUGACCUUGAAUGUGAUACUAAAUUAUCCAUUUAUAACAGCAUGGAAAGAUUUUCAUAUAGUCGUGUUAUAGAAUGUGUUUUUAAAAUAUCCCAAAGUAAUAUAGCCUCAAUCAACAGUGUAGUUUGAAUUUGACAUGUACACUUCAUUGGUGCAAUUUCCUUGAAGCAUUUUUUUUACAGUUUCAUGGCAAAGUCACCUUCAUAACCAUCAACACUCCUAUGUCAGAUCUAUGGAAUUGAGUGGCUGAUUGCUUCAGUGGCAGAUGUAUUAAUUUCCUCUACCAUUGCUUGAUUUCCAAGCAUAAUGUGAAGUGGGCAGACUAGCAAUCAUUCAUAAUAUAGGUUUUUUUGGGUUAGAUCGCGUAGAUAUAAAUGUGUUGUUAACCCCGCCACCACCUGACACAGCCAAUUAGUAAGGUUUGUCAUGUAAACAAAGCAUGACCAUCAGUUGAGUUCAGCACACCGGUGUGUUGGAGAAUAAACCCACAAUGUCGAUGGUGGGUUUAAUGACACAUUUAGAUCUCCGUGAUCUAACCCAGACACCUCAUGGAUUAUUCGGUCGCGAAAGCCUACGUGUUCAACAGACUAGUCGGUUUUUUUCACUUAUCGGUUCAAGUCUAAAUUACCUUUUUAAAAUGUGGCUAUAGUUUGCGUUUAACCAUAGUCAUCAAUUUACACGGCUCUGUCUACGCAUUUUUAAACUUGCAUUCAUAUCCAUUCCAGUUCGGUUUUAAGGGACCAUUUAAUUUGUUCCAUCGCUCAAUCAUGCAAAAAAUAUCAAGUGGGGAAAAAACCCCCCCUCAUUAUGCACACAUUUCCUAUACCGUACUUUAUUUUUUAUAAAUACUUUUUUAACAUAACAUUUUAUGUUUUAAGUUAUAUUGUGCUUUUUUUGUACUUCAUGUUUAUAAAUUUAUUUUUUUGCUGUAGUUAUUGUACCGCAAUUCGCUAUACACAUGCGUGCAUAUCACCCCCCCCCCCCAGCUGCGAUUGUGUUGAGCCGAGUCGUCGUUUCUCUGGCAAAAUUAAUUCUUAAAGCUGUCGGGCAAAUUUAAAACGAGACGACAUCGCUCUGCGUGUUUCCUACACAACCUCGGCUCAAAUUCAACCUCCCAUUCAUUGUUGUAAAUCAAAUCAAAGUUGCUGGUUAGCUGGAGCAUGAACAAUUUAGUGUGCAAUAACUUAUUUUUAAUAUUACAUAUUAUAUCUCUCCAUACGGUGUAUGGAGUGUCGGAUAAGUUUUCCAAAAUGAGAAACCACUGAUAUUUUUACCCAACAUUUUUUUCUUCUGUAUUGUUGGGUUUAUUCCAUUGUUUUUGGCCGAUGUCUUUCAGUAUUUCCUCGCUAGGCAAAAGACAUAGCAGUGUUUUGAUUAUGGUUUUGUAAAUUACCGUACCGUACAAACUGUUUCUUAACCCAGCUUUCCUUGCCACGAAUCUCACAGCCCUGUUGUGGCGUAAGACAUGGUGCUUUGACAUGAAUUAAAAGCCAGCACCUGCCUUUGUGGAAUUUUAUUUCAUGGACCUUGAGAGUUAAAUUUAAAUUACUUUUACGUAAGAUUGCACUGCAAAACUUAAAUGUUGUCUAUUUUUUUUAAAGCAAUGCUUUAACAUAUCUUGUAUUACUGUUAAGUGCCUAAGGUUUGUUGUUGCAUAUGGGCAUCCUGUUAAUUGCAUGUGUGGUUGGGUUUUCUUCCCUGUCUGAAGUACACUUACCAUUAUUUUUGGCAACGUGGAGUUUGUGGGUCAAGGCCUGAUUAACCGAUAUCAAAAUAUUCGGACUUUGAAUUGAGACUUCAAGUUCAAGUGAACUUUAAUUGCCCAACAAUUACAUUAAUUAAAAACGAAUAGUUAAUCAUUCACAGCCAUUUGUAGUACCAGCUAUGAAGAUUAGGCCGUGUGCUCUCUGGGAGCGGGGAAAAAAAACAGAGAUAAUUGUGGAAUGGCACAGACAUUGGGGGUUGUGAAAGUUUUACCUGUAAAAUAUCCUCGUAUGACAUUUAACACCGCUAUCGUUGUGAUUACCAUAUAAUGUAUAUGCGCACACUUCUGGCCGCUAUGAAACACGAACCCGAAAAGUAAUUACGAUCGUCUCGUCCAACAUGUACGCGAGUAGUGAUGGUUGUCAAUGUGUUGCGUGGUUCCAGAUUGUUUGCCGAUCCGCCUGUUAUGCCAGUGGUUACAGAUGUGCGUGUGAAGCUCCCCCCAAAAAAAACCCUCGCCUGAAUGUAAGCCUUCAUUUUCAGCAGGCAUAUAACCCUGUUUGUAAUUAAACAUUUGCCGAUGAAUUAAAUGCAGGAGCGCGGUGGGUGCUUUAACAGCCGUUGGGUGACAGAAGGCUUGGGUUGUGGUGACUUUUAUGUUUGCAGCAGCAGCAAAAAAAAAAACUGGCAUUUGCGGAACUAGAACAAUUCACCGCCGAUUGUCAAGGUUGAGCAAAAAGGGUGGACGCGCGUAAACUUGCAGCACUGCUAUGUGUUUCAUAGCAAAACUUGUACAGGUUAGACAGGUAAAGCAAUAUAAAAAAUAAACGUGUUUUUAAAUAUU